AUGAGACCACCACGCCGGCUCCCCCUAAUGGGGCUGCUGUUCUUUUCUCUUAUUCCAAGUCAACUAUGCCAGAUCUGUAAGGUAAAUGCAACAGACUUCAGGAGGCUAGAACCUCUGAUAAACACGAUGCUAAAGGCAAACUACACCAAAGGGAUCCAAGAUGCCAACGUCCUGUUGACCCUCAGACUUGUUGGGAUUAAGAAUCAAAGCCUAGAACAACAGCUGAGUCAACAAAUCAAAGAAGACAUAAAUAGCAGAGAGAUGGAGUUAACCUCGGGACAGCUUGCCUUGGGUAUUCUGGCUUUGGGAGCAUGUGAAAAUCCAGAUGAAGAGUUUAUACGUGGUGCUCAUCUGGUUAGCAAACUUGGAGACAAAUUCCAAGCAGAAAUUCAGAAUAUGGAAACACAUGAUGGCAAUCCACUGACUAACUAUUACCAGCUCAGUCUGGCCCUCUUGGCCUUGUGUCUGUUCAAUGGGAGCUAUUCAAUCACCGAUGUUAUUUAUUACUUCACUCCUGAAAAUAAGAACUAUUAUUUUGAGGACCAGUUCUCAGUAGAUACUGGAGCGGUGGCCAUUCUUGCUCUAACCUGUGUGCAGAGGAAUAAAACACAAAAGAAAAUGGAAGCAAGUACAGAGGAUAAAAUCAAGAAUUAUGCAGCAACACUGGCACACAAGAUCCAGUCUGAGGGAAAACAGGGUCUCUUCGGAAACAUAUUUAGCACGGGAGAAGCUAUGCAGGCUCUCUUUGUCUCAUCGGACUAUUACAAAAGUGAAACAAAUUGUCAAGAAACUCUACGCACAGUAUUCUACAACAUUUCUCAGAAAGCAUUUUCCCUGCCGAUUGCUGCAGCCCAGAUCUUACCUGCCUUGAUGGGAAAGACCUAUUUGGAUGUCACCAACUCUUCUUGCAGCCACAAUCCAGUCAAAUUCAACAUCUCCACUGAAAAGCCUGGUGCUGUGAUGCCUACGACGGCACCCUUGAAUAUCUCAGUCAAAUACUCUGUGCGAAUCAACGAGACAAGUCACACCAAAGUCACCGUGAGAAAGGGUUCUGUCUUCCUCGACGUCAUGAAGGCCGCUCAGGAGAAAAAUGAGACUCUGUUUCGCUUCACAGUGGAGGAGACCUCGUGGGGCCCCUAUGUCACCUCUGUCCAGGGCAUAAAGGCCAACACUUGUGACAGAACCUACUGGAAACUUCUGAGCAAUGGCCAGCCACUGAGCCAAGGAGUUGGGAGUCAUGUUGUCCAAAAUGGAGACAAUUUGGAGGUUCGUUGGAGCAAAUAUUAA